AAAAAAAUAUUUUACAUCAGGUCAAUUUUUCUUUUAAAGAAAAAGAAAAAUUACUCAACUUUUUGUACAACUUUUUUCAUUAAGUGCCGCCAAACAGGGGGCUAAGCGCUCCGCAGAGCAGAAACAAUCGGCCGUUGAAGCUCAAGGCGCGCCCUGAACGCCCUCAAGCUGGAGAAGGUCUCAAUCGAGCGUCAGUUGCUCGCGCUUCCCUCCUCCGCUAAUACUAGCUAGCAACGGCGGCGGCUAUAAGCAGUCACCAGCGGAGUUGCGCAGGGUUCUGCAUCGAUUAUACCACAGUUCACCCUGUUCCCAGCGCUAACGUCUGCAGCUCUGGCAGAACCAUGAUCGUACUGCUGUGAAUUGUCUGGUGGCCGAAAUUGAUGAGGAGGAUGACAAUCAAUAUAAAUUAUUUUAUCUAUGAUUUAUUUAUGAUUCAUUCAUUGGAACAAAAAGGUGGAACAAGAAGGGACCGCCUAGGUAUUGAAGACCACUUGUGCUGGAAGAGGUAACCUUUGGCAACAACAACUACUCUAUUAACAUCUUUGAAGCAACAUUCGAGUCUACUAUUUGCAAGAUUGAGGUCACAAUAAAGUAACAUAUUCAACUUGGAGACUUGAUUUUAUUGAAGAGGUGCUAUUGAAAAUCUUGUGAUCUCUAGGAGGUGUACUUGCACUCUCUAUUUCCCCCCCAAGAGAAAAAAUGUCAUGGUGCAAGCUUUUUAGGAGAAGCCAACUAUUGCCUUACCUUCAUGGGAAUUUACGUUAUAUGAUCGUUGACAAAUCCAGGUGUACAUAUGAAGCUCUAGGGUUGAAUUAUAAUUUUAUUGGAGGUGAUGCUAGAUAUGGACGACUACUUGGUUAUGAUAUUUGGGGUCGUAAUACAAUACGCCAAUUUAGUGUGGGGUCAUUAGCUAGCUGCCGUCAGUUUUCACAACUACACCAUCGAUGUUUGGGGAGACCUUGGUCUUUGCAUUGUACUCAACGCCAUUAUGCUUCUCAUGCUUCUAGGGAAGAGAAAUCACGAAAGAUGCUUUUAUACCUUACUGCUUUAGUUUUUGCUAUGGUUGGGUGUAGCUAUGCAGCCGUCCCUUUGUAUAGAAGAUUCUGUCAAGCUACAGGGUAUGGGGGCACAGUUCAGCGCCGUGAGAGUGUUGAAGAAAAGAUUUCUCGACAUUCUAAGGAUGGUACAAUUACCACAAGGGAGAUUGUUGUGCAGUUCAAUGCUGAUGUGGCUGAUGGAAUGCCAUGGAAGUUUAUUCCCACACAAAGAGAGGUGAGGGUGAAGCCAGGAGAGAGUGCCCUUGCGUUUUACUCAGCUGAAAAUCGAAGUUUAACCCCCAUAACUGGUGUUUCUACAUAUAAUGUAACCCCCAUGAAGGCGGCAGUGUACUUCAACAAAAUUCAGUGCUUUUGCUUUGAGGAGCAGCGUCUUCUUCCUGGGGAGCAGAUUGAUAUGCCGGUUUUCUUUUACAUCGAUCCCGAGUUCGAAACAGAUCCUAGAAUGGAUGGCAUCAACAAUUUGAUCUUGUCCUACACAUUUUUCAAGGUUUCUGAGGAAUAAUGCAGUGAUGGGAUGAGUUUGCAAACUUCCAGUCACCCCCUACAUACAGUGCCUACAGAGGACUGUAUGGAUGGCAUCAACAAUUUGAUCUUGCCCUACACAUUUUUCAAGGUUUCUGAGGAAUAAUGCAGUGAUGGGAUGAGCUCGCAAACUUCCAGUCACCCCCUACAUACAGUGCCUACAGAGGACUCCACAGUCAACCCCAUGUGGACUUUCCAAAUGUGGUUGGCUGGCUAUCCAAAUGUGCGCAAUUUGGCAGUCAAUUUUAAUUUCUUUACUGCCAAAAAUUUACAGAAUUGGUAGCUUGAAUUGGGAAUUUUGCAGCGUAGAUGAUAGAAGAUGUGAUACACCUAUAGUUAAAAUAAGACUAGUUGGUGUUUUGGGAGCAUGCAAUUGGGGACCUGAGCGGUGCUGGCUUUGGAAUUCAAAUUCAGAUAAAAUUAUAAUUUUAUAUUGUAUUUCAUUCAAAUUUAUAUAAUUUCAAAUUGAAUGCUUGAAGUUUGGAGGUGUAAAUUUAAUUUUCUAUUAGAGAGAUUUUAUGUUGGAGCAGAAA